GAGUGUAAAGGGUGGAUGUGAGUGCAGAUUCUGGGAACCAGGAGACCCUGCACUCAGGACUGAGCUCUAUCCAACUCACACUGCAUCCUGAUUACCGGGACUGGCUUUCAGCUUUUACUGAUUUACAUUUUGGGAGAUUUUUUUUAGCCCCCAUACAUUCACCAUUUACACUUUUUUCCACCUAAAUUUGCCCAAAUCCCUCCAUCAGCACUGGAUAGCAUGAAGAACACCCAGGGUUCUAUGGAUUUACCCACCUAGAUGGAGACCUUCACAGCUGCCCCUCAUCUCUUUACAUGGAUUAAUCUGUGUUGAUUGUCUACCUACGUCGGUGGUCGGUGGCCUGUAUCUUGGACACAUCCUGCUUGUGUGUUAACCCCAUUCCUCCUUUUUGCUCUGGGAUCCCAAUGGCCUCCAUGCCCCCCAUAGUGGGGGAAGGUGGGUUUGUAGAGUUACCCCCUGGGUACAAAGCACCUCACCCCACUGCUGCCAACUCUGACCUGCUCAGGAGACCUAGUUACUGCCAUGCUGCCUAUGCACUCAAACAAAUUGCCAAGGGUAAAGCAGUCGGUCAGAAAGCUCCUCUCUGGCUGAGGGCUCAGUUUCAAGCUCUACUCUUCUGGCUCGGUUGCUCCAUUCACAGACAUUGCGGAAAAGUAUUAUUUAUUGGACUGUUGGUGUUUGGUGCUUUGACGGUUGGACUUCGAGUUGCCUCCAUCGAGACAGACAUCGAACGGCUAUGGGUUGAAGCGGGGAGCCGUGUAAGCCAUGAACUUUGCUACACCAAGGAGAAACUGGGAGAAGAAUCGGUUUACACAUCCCAGAUGCUGAUCCAGACGCCAAAGAAAGAAGGAGAGAAUAUCUUGAACCAGGAGGCCAUGCUUCUUCAUCUGCAGGCGGCUCUGGCAGCUAGCAAAGUCCAGGUGUCUAUGUAUGGGAAAUCGUGGAACUUGAACAAUAUUUGCUACAAGUCGGGCGUUCCAAUAAUUGAGACCGGGAUGAUUGAGAGAAUGAUCGAGAAACUCUUUCCUUGUGUGGUCAUCACUCCCCUGGACUGUUUCUGGGAAGGGUCUCAGCUGCAGGGAGGCUCCGCAUACUUACCGGGUCGCCGAGACAUCCAGUGGACCAACCUGGACCCCAUCCAGUUAAUGGAAGAACUCGGCCAGUUUGCCAGUCUGGAUGGCUUUAAAGAGAUGCUGGAUAAGGCCGAAGUGGGACGUGCAUAUAUGGAGCGGCCGUGUUUGGACCCAACAGAUCCGGAGUGUCCAGAAAGCGCCCCAAACAAGAAAACACAAAAGAAUGUGGAUAUUGCCGCUACCCUGCGCAGUGGCUGUUACGGUUUUUCAAAGAAGUUUAUGAACUGGCAGAAGGAGCUGAUCCUUGGAGGGAUGGUGAAGGGACCCAACGGAGACCUCAAAAGUGCUGAAGCUCUCCAGACCAUGUACUUACUGAUGAGCCCAGGACAGCUUUAUGAACAUUUUAAGGGCAGCUAUGAGAUUCAAGAUAUCAACUGGACCGAGGAGAAGGCGUCAGCCAUCUUGGAAUCGUGGCAACGGAAAUUUGUUGAGCAAGCUCAGAAGUCCAUUCCUCAGAAUUCGUCACAAGAUAACCAUGCUUUUUCCACCACAACCCUUAAUGACAUCAUGAAAUCCUUCUCGGACGUCAGCGCCAUCCGCGUUGCUGGUGGAUACCUGCUAAUGUUGGCCUAUGCUUGCGUUACAAUGUUGCGCUGGGAUUGCUCCAAGUCUCAAGGAGCUGUCGGUCUAGCAGGCGUCCUGCUCGUGGCUCUGUCUGUGGCAUCAGGACUUGGGCUCUGCUCACUUCUUGGCAUCUCCUUCAAUGCGGCUACUACUCAGGUGCUGCCAUUUCUUGCCCUGGGCAUUGGGGUAGAUGACAUGUUCCUACUGGCACACGCAUUCACCGAGACCAGCCUGAGUACCCCGUUUAAGGAACGGACAGGCGAAUGUUUGAGACGCACCGGAACAAGCGUGGCUCUAACCUCAAUCAAUAACAUGCUUGCAUUCUUCAUGGCAGCCUUGGUACCUAUCCCUGCCCUGCGGGCAUUCUCACUGCAGGCUGCCAUUGUGGUUGUGUUCAACUUUGCAAUGGUACUACUGAUCUUCCCCGCCAUCCUCAGCUUGGACCUUCACCGGAGAGAAGACCAGAGACUGGACAUUCUUUGUUGUUUUCACAGCCCCUGCUCUUCCAGAGUAAUCCAGAUUCAACCACAGGAAUUUGCAGAUGCAAACGACAAUCACACCUAUCAUCCGUCUUCGUAUGGAAACCCGACCAUUACCACCAGCACCCAGAUUACCACCACAGUGCAAGCGUUUACCCAGUGUGACCCAUCAGGACACCACAUCGUCACUAUCCUGCCACCCACUUCCCAGAUCUCCACCUCUCCAUCUGUCAUUGUGCCAACCAUGGACCCACUUGGAUCCCAGGUUUUUAACCCAUCCAGUUCCACACGUGAUUUGCUGGGUCAAUUGGAUGAAAGCAAAGGAGGCAGAGAAUGUGUUCCUCUCCCCUUCUUAAAAUGGAGCCUCUCGGAUUUUGCCCGUGAGAAGUAUGCCCCGUUGUUGCUCAAGCCUGAAACCAAGGGAAUAGUGGUGGCACUGUUUAUGGCACUUCUAGGUCUUGGUUUAUAUGGUACCACCAUGGUCCAUGAUGGGCUUUACUUGACGGACAUAGUCCCACGGGAGACCAAGGAAUACAAUUUUAUCUCGGCCCAGUUCAAAUACUUCUCUUUCUACAACAUGUUCAUCGUUACCAAGGGUGGAUUUGACUAUCCCAAAGCUCAGGAAUCAUUGUAUGAACUUCAUGAAUCCUUUAGCUCUGUCAAGUUUGUGGUUCGAGAGGAAGGCAAAGAACUUCCUAAAAUGUGGCUACACUAUUUCCAAGACUGGCUGAGAGGUUUGCAGGCAGCUUUUGACCGGGAUUGGGAGUCAGGUCGUAUCCUUCAAGAUAAUUACAGGAAUGGAUCAGAGGAUGGUGUUCUGGCCUACAAGCUCCUCCUUCAAACUGGGAACAAGAAGGAACCCUUUAAUCUAAAUCAGUUGACCAGCCGACGACUGGUGGAUGAAAAAGGCCUUAUUCCCGAGGAUGCCUUCUAUAUAUAUCUGACCGUCUGGGUCAGUAACGAUCCAUUAGGCUAUGCAGCGUCCCAGGCUAACUUCUACCCCACACCUCCAGAAUGGAUGCACGACCGAUAUGACACUACUGGGGAGAACUUGAGAAUCCCAGAAGCAGAACCUAUUGAGUUUGCACAGUUUCCAUUCUACCUGAACGGCCUUCGGCAGACAUCUGACUUCAUUGAGGCCAUUGAGAGUGUGCGCUCUGUGUGCGAUGAGUUUGUCAAACAAGGCGUUUACAGCUACCCAAGUGGGUAUCCCUUCCUCUUCUGGGAGCAAUAUAUCGGCCUGAGACACUGGUUCCUUCUGGCUAUUAGCAUUGUGUUGGCAUGCACGUUUUUGGUGUGUGCCAUUCUGCUACUGAAUCCCUGGACUGCCGGCAUCAUUGUCUUUAUUUUGGCGAUGAUGACCGUGGAGCUGUUUGGCAUAAUGGGGCUGAUUGGCAUCAAGCUUAGCGCUAUCCCUGUGGUUAUUCUCAUUGCAUCGGUGGGAAUCGGAGUUGAGUUCACGGUUCACGUAGCACUGGGUUUUUUGACAUCUAUUGGAGACAGGAACCAACGUACAGUUUUGGCGUUGGAGCACAUGUUUGCGCCCGUUCUGGAUGGAGCCAUUUCCACUCUUCUUGGCGUCCUUAUGCUGGCAGGAUCGGAGUUUGACUUUAUUUUAAGGUAUUUUUUUGCGGUUCUGACAAUUCUCACCAUCCUGGGAUUGCUCAAUGGUUUGGUCCUUCUCCCUGUGCUACUGUCUCUGAUUGGACCCCCUGCCGAGGUCACCCCAACAGACAACGGCAGCCACCUACCAACCCCCAGCCCUGAGCCAAUAGCUCCCCCUCUAAACCAUCAUGGAUUCUACGCUCAGCACAAACCCGGGAAGUUUGGGGGUUUCAGUGAUCCCGAGGAUUCCACAGAGUAUUAUUCAGAGACCACCACCACAUCAGGGAUGGAGGAAGACGAUCCACAGCUGUAUGAGAGAAGUUCGUACAUCAUUCCCCGAAAACCCUCACAUAUCAUACUGGAAGCCAGCAGGGACCCUUCCUUUCCGAAGAUCAUGUUGGUGAAGUCUUGCAAGGGGAACCAGGACGAACCAGUAAAGAAAGAUCCCCAGGACUUUUGUAAGAAUGAAGCUCUUUCGGCUACAGAUGCACCCCGGACUAUUUGCAAAGACCAGAAAGAAUUUCAGGAACUGAGAGACUGGAGGAGGAGGCAAUUGCCCCUUUCUAACACACAGGGCCAAGCAAGGACUAACCUGCCCCCUGGCAUCAGGACUCAGCACAGCAAUAGGACUUCAGGCCAAAGGACUGCACCUCCGGCCUACUGUGCUAAGAUGCCGGGGCCUAACGGAUCUAUAACUACCGUGACCGCUACGGCCUCUGUAACAGUGGCGGUGCAUCCAGGUUUGCCUGGAGCGGUCAGGGGUUACACCCACGAGGGUUAUGAGGACAGUGAAACAGACUAUAUGGAAAUCAGACCCGAGUGGGCGAGGAAAACAAAAAAGUACCCAGAAGUGUUUGAGUUGGAAGAUCUAGAAAACGACAGGACACAGGAGGGGUCCUCAGUCCGACACUAGGACUUUGCCAACUACACAGUCCUUUUCGACGGAAAGGGUUAAAGGCUCUGCCCCGUGUACGAAACUUUACGAAAAACUAAUUGAAAGAAGACAAAAUAAUGAACAUUAAUAAUAAUAAUUCAAGAUGAAUGCAUUAGAGACUUUUCUUAAUGAAAUAUUUUAAUAUAAAAAGCAAACAAAACAGACAAAAAAAAGAAAAUGUUAUGUUAUUUAAUAAGCUCAUGACUUUGUACUGUACGCAGAGGGGUCGAUCUCUCUGGAAUCCUAUGUAUGUACACCUUUAACUUCCCAGUUUAUGCUGCUAUCUGUUAACCCUUUCAUUAGUGGAGUGGUUUAAAACAAGGAACACAUCGUGAUUCUCUCCUGAUUGUUUUGGUAAAACAUAGAGUACCUCUGAGUUGAUUAAAGAGGGAGAGGAGGGUAAGAGCAUCCAGUCCUCUAAAUUUCAUUUGAAAAACUGCGAAUGGUGAUGGUUUAUUCCCAGUGCUGGUAUCACAAAUAUGAGACCGGAUGCAUCACUAGAACAAUGAAUGGAACUUACUGAAAUGGUGUUUCUGAAUGCAAAUUGGCGUAGUCCUGCCCAGCACACUGUAUUGUCAUUAGCCUGGGUGCACUGCAGUUUUAAUCAUGGGAACAUAUUAGUAAAUAAAUUGUCCAGGUCUGCGAUCAGCACGGCAAGCCUGGAUAAUAUAUUUUAUAUUGAUCUCUUAUAAAAAUUGUAAUGCACUCAUUCUAACUAUGCAAAUCAUACAUGUCGUUUUUUUUUUCCAUUUGCUAUGGAUACAGACCAACCUGUCUGCUACCCUAAUAGAGCUAUGUGAAGCAGUUUUGGUUGUGAAUCCCACUAGAUUUGUGUCUGGUCUUGGUUGGUUUUGCAGCGUUACACUUUGAGGGCUAACGUGAUGGGCAAUGCCUGGACUUGCUCACCACUCUGGCUCUUUAAGAAUUAAUCCUGCAUUAACCGCUCGAGAUUAACGUUAAUCAACAUCUUUUAAAUUGACACUUUUCGUAGGUAGAUGGAGCGAAAGUGGGAGAAACCUGCUUUACGGAGUUAGAAAUGACUACAAAGAGUUCAAUUAAAGCCAGUACAGGCUAAACAACGUGGCGUGGGUGGAAUUCCGUAUACAAUUUAAAUUCUUCUCCUAAAUCUCAGAGUGCUACAAAGUAUCAGUUACAGGAUUUACCCACUGCCAUAUCAACUCACUCAAGCACUGAAAGGGUUAACGUCCUCCCCUGUCCCCUACCACCUCUAUUAGCUGUGAAAAAAGUUAACCCUUUCAAUUCUCUGUCCCAUUAGGACAUUCGUAUAAUUGUCCCCGAGCAGGGACUAUUUUAUAAAAUAUUAUAAUUAUUAUAAUUAUUAGCUUGUUUGUAUAUUCUUUAUUGUGUGGAAACGGCAGCUUGUCUAACAUGUAAUAUAUAUAUAAUAAUUAACCAGCCUGCUGCGGCGCCGGGGGUCCGCGGAUGUACAGUUUUUUGUGCCGCGGGCCCCUGUGGCGGUGGUGGCUUUGUGUAUAUGUAUGUGUCUGUUUUGUGGACUGAAACGCGGUACGAUGUCUCACUGUGUUAUAUAAGUUAUUUAUAAUAAAAAGAACAAAGCUUUAUUUUUGUAGUGUGUACAGGAAAUAGCCAUUCAACUGAAGUUUUAUUUUUAAAGAGUAAAAUAUAUUAUUAUAUAUAAAUAUA